AUGAAGGUCCUUGCAAUUGCAGCUCUGUUUGCUGGGGCAGUCUCCGGCCUUGCCUCAAGCCAUAUAAUCCCAGGGGCGCAUCUUAUCCCGGUAAAGGAGACCGCUGCUCUCCGCAAGGUUGGAGCUCAUGGACAGAAAUACCCGAACCGCCGGACAGUCACUAUUCGUGCCUCGAAGAAUGAGAAGGAUGAUGUGUCGGCGGAUUUCCUUUGGGGUAUCAAGCAGGCCAACCAUGGUGGGCGUUUGCUGCUACAGAAGGGCAAGACGUAUAUGCUUGGAAAAAAGCUGGACUUGACCUUCUUGGAUAACGUCGAAGUGCAGCUGGAUGGUGAACUCAAGUUUACCGAUGAUAUCGACUACUGGCAAGCAAAUAACUUCUACUACUCCUUCCAGAAGUCGAUCACCUUUUGGAGAUGGGGUGGCAAGGACAUCAAGAUCUUCGGCAAAGGUACUCUGAACGGAAACGGCCAGGAGUGGUAUGAUGCGUUUGCUGGACUUGAGAUUUUGGACUCGACCAACACUUUCUACCGACCAAUUCUAUUCCUGACCGAGAAUGCGACGCGCCUCAGCGUUGAGGGCAUCACGCAACUCAACUCACCCUGCUGGACCAACUUCUUUGUGCAGAGCAAGGACAUUUCUUUCGAUAAUGUGUUCAUCAAUGCCUACUCCACCAACGCGUCCUCUUUGCCCAAAAACACCGACGGUUUCGAUUCGUUGAAUGUGGAUGGGCUCAGCGUGACAAACACCAGAAUCGAUAUCGGCGAUGACUGCUUUUCCCCAAAGCCUAACACUUCCAAUAUCUUCGUGCAAAAUUUGUGGUGCAACAACACCCACGGUGUCAGCAUGGGAAGCAUUGGACAGUACGCGGGUCAGAUGGAUUACAUCGAGAAUGCGCAUAUCGAGAACGUGACUCUGCUGAAUGGACAGAAUGGAGCCCGUCUCAAGGCAUGGGCUGGCCAAAACGUCGGAUACGGUCGCAUCAACAAUAUCACUUACCGUAACAUCCAUAUCGAGAACACCGAUGCUCCUGUCGUUAUGGAUCAGUGCUACUUUAACAUAAACGCCACCGAGUGUGCCGCCUACCCGUCCGCAGUUAACUUCACAAACAUCGUCUUUGACAAUAUUUACGGUACAUCCUCUGGUAAAAAUGGAAAGGUCGUCGUCGACUUGACCUGCUCGCCAAACGCUGUGUGCUCGGGUAUUCAACUCUCGAACAUUGACAUUACCAGCCCAGCCGGAGACCCACCAGAGAUUGUUUGUGAUGGGAUUCAGGGAGAUAUUGGGGUGGACUGCAUCUCGAGCAAUAGCACUAGCUCUUAG